AUGCCCUGUUGUAAGCGUACCGAGGUCCGCAGGGUGUGCCGGCCGAUGCCGUCGCUCCUUGCCCGGCUCAACUGUACGCCGUGCAACCGCGUCCUGUUCUUCGUGAUCGGAGUGGGACUGGGCGUGCUCUUCGUGCGCAACAAGGACGACAAGUCGGGCGCCAAAAAGAAGGACGAAGGCAAGGCGAAGAAGUAGGACUGAUCGAUCUGCCAUCCGCCAUCUUCCAUCUGCCAUCUGCCCGGCGGUAUUAGCAAACAUCCAAGCCUGGCACUAUCUAGCUAAACCUGGAUUCGUCUCCCAUAAAGUACCCCAUUCACUUGCAGCGUUAGCCAGGGAAGACAAAAUGCCAUUCGAUAAGUUUGUCCGCCGAAGAAUGGAAUGGAGAGGAAAUUUCUCAGUCGAUAAAUUUAUCUAAAGAGCAAUUUGUCAAUCGAACAAUUAACUGCCACAUUCUAUACAGAUUUAUUCGAUUGAUCUAUUCUCUAUUCCUCUGUUAAAACAGCUAUUAAAUUGGUCCUGUAAAAGAA